GCUUGCAGCAAUCCAACAUGGAGUAGCAGCGAGAGAGGAGAUGGGGCUCUAGCGGGGCCACCCCACGGCGACAACGACGCGCUUUCUCACGCACAGCCGGAGCUGCAGUCGUGUCGGUGUCUCCUUUUUGGAGGCGGGGUGGCGGUAUUUGACGACAACAACAACAAAAACGACGGGACAACGCGACCUGGCUGGAGGAAGAAAGGGGGGGGGGUUGUCGGGACGACUAGCGCGGUUACCUGCUGGCCUGCCUGGCGGCGAUGGGCCCCUAGAAAGUUGGAGGAUCGGAAAGAAGAAGGAGGAAAAAAUAGGUGGUGGGGGGCGACCCAAAAGCAGCUGGAGGAGGAGGGGGGCGACACACACACACACACACACACUGCACGUACACAAACACACAAAAAACACUUGGAGGAUUUUUCUUUAUGCGGGAUUUAUGGACGAUGACGAGGCUGAGGAAUGCUACGUGAGCUGAGGUGAAGAGAGAAAAUGAUAGAAGAAACACACCCUAACGAUGACAGCUACAUCGUACGUGUGAAAGCAGUGGUGAUGACGCGGGACGACUCGAGCGGAGGCUGGCUGGCGCAGGACGGGGGCGCUCUCAGCAGGGUGGGGGUCUGUCGCCUACGACCCACCGAGCUACCCCCGCUGCCGCCCUCCGGAAGCUCGCAGUUCCUCAUCCGGGGCGAGCGGCUGCGGGACAAACAGGUGAUCCUGGACUGUCCACUGAGGAAAGACUUGGUGUACACUAUAGCAACGCCCACCUUUCACCACUGGAAGGUGGAGGACCGAAGGUGUGGCCUGGGCUUCCAGGGUCCAGCUGAUGCAAGGGCGUUCGACAGGGGGGUGCGGAAAGCCAUCGAGGACCUGGCAGAAGGUUCGACCACCUCCUCUACAGCACUCCAGAACGAAGGCGAGCUGGGCGACGACGACGUCUUCACGAACGCCACCGACAGCUCAUCCAACUCCUCCCAAAAGCUGGAGAGCUGCCUGCAGCCGCUCGAGUCUUCUCCUCUUCCGCAGAGACACAGGUGCAUGCUGGGAUAUCGUCACAACCUCCACGACACGUAUCGGCUUUCAGACCACUACUUAUUGGACCAGCCUCUGUCUCGACUUCCCCAUGUUACCUUCCAAGAGGAUGAGGAAAUCGUCCGCAUCAACCCACGGGAGCGUAUGUGGGAGCGAGCCAGCGAUCGACUGCACGUGCGGCCGUCAGAUCGCUCCUGGCUCACAGGCUACGAGGACUACCGACACGCCACGGUGCGUGACAAGUUCAUCCAGAUGGAAGAUUCUGAAUCCUAUGUCCAUUUUGCCAAAACGGAGACGCAGAAGCACGACUACACCUAUCCCCUGGCGCCAGCCCUGUCGCCCUCAGACUCUGACCCAGCCUUAGGACCCUUUCCCAGUAAGGGCCACGACGGGUCGUAUCGCCAAGGCUUCUCUGUGGUCUCCACCCAGCCUCGUUCCUUUCUGCCAAGCUCCUCUCCGUCCACCAAUGGCGGGAAGGGACGCAAGCAGGAUGGACUGGAGCGCGCUCAGUGCGAGCAUUGCGGCGAAGGCUUUUACAUCUCCGAAAACAGGAGGGGCCAAUGCCAGGAUGCUCCGGACCCCGUGCGGGGCUGCAUCCAGCGGGUCAGCUGCAUGUGGCUGGCAGACACCAUGCUAUACCACUGCAUGUCCGACCCGGAAGGGGACUACUCGGACCCCUGCUCCUGUGACGGGGGCGAGGGUGGCAGAUUGGGCACCCGCUGGUUAGCCCUACUGGGGUUAUCCCUGGUGGCUCCCUGCCUCUGCCUUUACCCGCCCCUUCACGCUUGCCAUCGGGCAGGGCUGGCUUGCGGCUGUUGCGGAGGCCGACACAAGUCCCUGAGCUGAGCCUCCCGGUUCAGAAACCCUUCAGAGGAAAUGGAAAAACCAUAACCCAACGCAAGCACAGUCAAAGACUUGAGGAGGACAAAAACGGAGGGGCUGCAGCUCUCUCUGCCGAUAAGCCAAAAAAUGUAAAAAAAUAAAAAGAAA